GAGGACUGUCCUGCUACAUACACUCUCUCUCUCUCUCUCUCUCUCUCUCUCAUAAUAUUAAUGUUUUACUCUUCUGCCCUAUAUGAACUUGAUCCUUUGCGCCAAGAACAGCUGAUAACACACUCCAAGAGGAGAUCGGGCACUCUUCUCUGAGGCGGGUCCCUGAGAUCAAGAUCGGUCAGCUGGUGGUGACUCACACUCCUUCACUUCCUGGACCUGUCAGAGCCCAGGCCUGGUUUUGCAAAUGUAAAGACUUGCACUGUUUUGGAACAGAAGCUCUUCCAUUUGCCUGCACAGGGCUUUGUGUUCUUUCGGAAAAGGCUAGCCCUGGCUGUUUAUGUGUGCCCUGGACUUUCUCUCCUUAGCAUUGCGCUGUGGCCACCAUGGGCUCUGUGAAUUCCAGAGGUCACAAGGCAGAAGCCCAGGUGGUGAUGAUGGGCCUUGACUCAGCAGGCAAGACCACAAUCCUGUACAAGCUGAAAGGCCAUCAGCUGGUAGAGACCCUGCCCACUAUUGGUUUCAACGUGGAGCCUCUUGAAACUCCUGGUCACAUGUCAUUGAUUCUGUGGGAUGUGGGAGGACAGACCCAGCUUAGGGCCACCUGGAAGGACUACCUGGAAGGUACAGAUAUCCUUGUGUACGUGCUGGACAGUACUGAUGAAUCCCGUUUGCCUGAGGCAGUGGCUGAGCUCACUGAAGUCCUAGAGGACCCCAAUGUGGCCCGGGUUCCUUUCUUGGUGCUGGCCAACAAGCAGGAGUCGCCUGGUGCUCUUCCACUGCUUGAGAUCAGAAGCAGGCUUGGCCUGGAGAGGUUCCCAGAUCACUGCUGGGAGCUUCGGGGCUGCAGUGCCCUCACUGGCCAGGGGCUGCCCGAGGUCCUGCAGAGCCUGCAGAGCCUGCUAAAGUCCCGCCCAAGUUCCAGGGCUACCUUUGUGGCCUGGUGAGAGUGGAUGGGUCUGGGAGAGAAGGAAUUCUGGAAGAUAUCAAGCAAAUUAUUCUUGCUCAGACAAACUAGAAGGACCAGGUCACCCCUGAGAGAUGUCACUUCAAUUUACCCAUGGAGAAAUCCUUCCAUUCUUGGUCAGGAUCUUUUCUUCUGGGGAUUGUGACAGCAAUCAACUAUUCUUUGAAUAAUGAUACUUUAAGAGAAAAAGCCCUUAACAUAAUUCAUUUAAUAGCUCAUUACUGAGGGUAAAUGGAAUGAGUGGUUACCUAAUAAACUGAGAUUUAAGUUCACAAGGAAAAAGAGGUUUCAGUCAAAUUGGAGGAUCCUCUGGCCAUGGCUGUGGCUACCAUGAUUAUCAAU